AUGGUACUAUGUGCUGUAGGGAAGUUAUUUGAUGGAACCAUCACCCUAAGAUGUUCGAUAGAGAAAGAUCAUGCCGAUAGUUUUAGACAGCUCCCAAAUGUUGUCCACAAUGGCCAUUUUAUGGUUGUUAUGCAUAAGGAGCUUAAUCUAGAGAUUUCCCUGCUGGUUAGCAAGGAUGAAUAUGCAACGCAAGUGACUAUUUUUGGACUUCAUAUCUUCAUCAAUGGAGUGAAUGACUUUCUCCUUGGUCCGUGGCCAUCCAUAACAAAUAAUGCAAAGGACCUAGUUCCAACAAUGCUACCAGAGGAUGAAGAUAUGAAACAGAGAAGUACUUCCGCAAAAGUUAUCAAACAACUAUGGCUUCAAUGGGAGGAAGCAUCAGACAAGCCAAUAGACCAUGUAGUGUUGUCCAAACUGAAGCAGUUCAGGAUAAUAUGCAAUCUCAUGAAACCAACAAUAACGGUCACUGCAGCAGAUUUUUCAGAAGAAGAAAUCAAGUAUCUAAAAUAUGUGUUCGCCAGCAUGGAUACAAACAGCAGUGGAACAAUAACUUAUGAAAGAAUAAAAGCUGGAUUGGCUCGACUUGCUUCAAAACUUUCAGAAGCUAAAGUCCAACAACUCAUGCACGCUAGUGUUUUGAAGUUUGAGGGCUCCUUUGAUUGGAUAACACUGUUUUUACUUCAAGACAAAAUACAUGAUGCAACUUCACACUUAGCUAGAUUGAUCUCAUUGUGGUCAGAUGGUGAUCCUAAUUGUACUGUUAUGUUUCUAGUACCUAGAUGUCAGGCAGAACUAUGGGAAGAGAAAAUCAACUAUCCUACUGUUGUUUUGUAUUUACUGUUUUCUAUUGACAAGGUCAAGCGGAUAUUGCUGCAUUUUCUGCUUUACUCGAACCUUGAGGACAAGGUUCUUUUUUAG